UGCCAGCAAGAUCCGUUCAGUUUGGUUGAGGGUGAUGUGAAUUCUCAACAAAUGACCCUACCCACUGUCUCAGACACUGGCGUGCCGUUGAUCAGUCUUAGUACCAUUGCGCCCAUUCGUGCUGCUCGGCCUCCACCAACCAACGAGCUACCGGCCAUCCCGCCCCGACCGAAACCCAUUCAAUGA